CAUUUAGCUUCAUUCUGCGACGAGCCGGCGCACGCGCAUCAUGGCGCGUGUCAUCGCGCUAUUCCUCUUGUAUAUAAGCGCCGCGUGCGCAGAAAUAUUGACACCUCCAUACUUUAACUUGGCGCUUGGAAAGAAAAUAACCGCCACAGCAACUUGUGGUGACGAGGGACCUGAACUGUACUGUAAACUAGCUGGUGCCAAAGUGGACCAGGAUGAAACUGUGAUUCAAGGACAGGUGUGUGACUACUGCGAUGCAUCAAAUAAAACGAAACAGCACCCGCCAGAAUAUGCUGUGGAUUUGAUGGAAACCUGGUGGCAGAGCCCACCUCUGUCACGUGGAAUGAAGUACAACGAAGUCAAUCUAACCAUCGAUCUUGGACAGGAAUUUCACGUGGCUUAUGUAUUCGUGCGUAUGGGCAAUUCCCCACGUCCAGGACUAUGGGCUUUGGAGAAAUCAUCUGAUUAUGGAAAAUCGUUCAGGCCUUGGCAAUAUUUUUCCGAUUCACCGCAGGACUGUGUCAGAUAUUUUGGGAAGGAAAGUCUACAACCUAUAACAAAAGAUGACUCUGUGAUUUGCAGUACAGAAUAUUCUAAAAUUGUUCCGCUCGAAGGCGGAGAGAUACCAAUAUCAUUGUUAAACCAACGGCCAUCUGCAAACAAAUAUUUCAACUCCUCCGUGUUACAAGAGUGGACAAGAGCGACCAAUGUCAGGUUACGUUUACUGAGAACCAAAAAUUUACUCGGACAUCUUAUGUCAGUAGCAAGACAAGACCCCACGGUUACCAGAAGAUACUUCUACAGUAUUAAGGAUAUCAGUAUUGGAGGACGUUGUAUGUGCAAUGGUCACGCCGACACAUGUGAUCCAGCCGAUCCUCAAAGCGAGAGCACCAUUCUGAUUUGCCGAUGCCAGCAUAACACUUGCGGUCCCAAAUGUACAGCCUGUUGUCCAGGUUUUGAGCAGAAGAAAUGGAGAAUAUCACAAAACUGGGACCGUUUUGCUUGUGAACCGUGCAACUGUCAUAAUCACACAACCGAGUGUGAGUUUGAUCCAAAAAUUGAUGAGCAAGGUUUAUCACUUGAUAUUCAUGGCAGAUACGAGGGUGGGGGUGUAUGUAAAAACUGUCAACACAACACAGAAGGAAUUAAUUGUAACAAGUGCAAGCCAACAUUUUAUCGCCCUUAUGGAAAACGCUGGGAGGAGCUUGAUGUGUGCCAACGUUGCAACUGUGACUUGCACUAUUCAACCGGCAAUUGUCAAGAGGAGACAGGACAGUGUGAAUGCCGACGAGAGUACAACCCACCUAACUGUGACUCUUGUGCGUACGGAUACUUCGACUACCCCAACUGCAAGCCUUGUACGUGUAACCUUAACGGCACGGAUGGACAACACUGCACACCCACUGACGGAAUGUGUCCCUGCAAAUAUAACUACGCGGGAUCGUCCUGUGAAAUAUGCGCCGAUGGAUAUUACUCACCUGAGUGUAAAAAUUGUGAAUGCAAUUCAGUUGGUUCAGUAUCACAAGUGUGCGACAAAGACAGUGGUAACUGCACUUGCAAAAGCAAAUACAAUGGCAGGACUUGUAAUCAGUGCGAGGCUGGGUACUUUAAUUAUCCAACAUGUAAACAUUGUAAUUGCGACACCAGUGGCACAGAACCUAUUAUUUGUGAUGACAUCAGUGGACAGUGUAUAUGUAAACCGGGCUUUGGUGGUGCUCGCUGUGAUCAAUGUUUGUCAGGAUAUUACAUGGAAAUUCGAGACCGUGAGCGUUUAUGUGUCCUUUGCAACUGUUCGACGACAGGAUCCACUAGCACCAGUUGUUCUAUUGACGGAAAGUGCAACUGUCUGAGUAAUUUUGGCGGCAAGCAAUGUGACCAGUGUUCGCCAGGUUACUAUCAGUACCCUAAAUGCCUCGCUUGCUACUGCGAUGAAUCAGGCGCAAUCGGCUCAACAUGCGAUGACAAAGGACUAUGCCACUGUAAAGUAAAUUUCGACGGUGAUAAGUGCAAUAAAUGCAAGGAGCAAUUUUACAACUACCCAGCUUGUGAAGAGUGUAAUUGCGAUCCGAAAGGUGUCGUUGCAAGUUUUGCAGGAUGCGGUUCUGUACCAGCCGGCGAGCUAUGUCAAUGUAAAGGCCGUGUUCAAGGCCGUAUUUGUAAUGACUGUAGACCAUUGUUUUGGAAUCUGCAAGACUAUAAUCCUCUUGGAUGUGAAGAAUGUAGCUGUCACUUGUCGGGUACGCUUGGUGGCCUCGGCGCUUGCGACACACGUAGUGGACAGUGUUCGUGCAAAUUGAAUGUCGGCGAGAGGAAAUGCCAGCAAUGUCAGGACGGUUUCUACAAAUUAGAAAACCACAACAUGUUUGGUUGUACAGCGUGUGACUGUGACAUUGGUGGUUCAAUCGAUAACAACUGCAACAAGCACACCGGACAAUGUCACUGCCAUUCCCGCGUGGAGGGCCGCCGCUGCGACCGACCCAUCCGCGCACACUAUUUCCCUACAUUACACCAGUUCCAAUACGAAGUUGAAGAAGGCCUUACACAAUCUGGACCCGUUAGGUACAGAAAUUCGGAAGAUGUAUUCCCUGGUUACUCUUGGAAAGGAUAUGUGGUGUUUUCAAUUUUACAGAACGAAGUAAUCAACGUUGUCCUAAUCAGCAAAUCUUCUUUGUACCGCAUGGUAUUAAAGUACGCCAAUCCUCUUAAAGAUUCUGUGAGUGUGGAAAUUAUAAUAACACCAGAGAGUGUUAUCGAAACAAAACAAAGCUUCAACAUUAAUUUGAGGCCAACUCAUCAACCACAACUUGUCACCGUAUUAGAAAAAGGAAAUGUUCCAGUACCAUUUGUUAUAAACGCUGGAAAUUGGACCGUCACUAUUAAAACCACUAAGGAAAUAAUGAUUGAUUACUUUGUUUUGAUACCGGAGGCAUACUACGAAGCUACUGUCCUGACAAAGCAAGUAGAUACACCUUGUAUAAUUGGUGAUAAAAAACUGUGUAGACAGUUCGCUUAUCCAAGCUUACGUGGGCUACCUACUGCUACUGUAACAAAUAUGGUGUCACCGGUCACCUUGUUCAUCGACGAUCCUGAGCAAUUACAAGAAUUCAACGCUCAAUCUGACGAGUUUCCAAUAAUAAACAGCGUUCAAAAUGAGCUUCAGUACAACAUGAAGAUCGAUCCAAAUGGUCCUUACGUUUUGGUUAUAGAAUACAUUACACCCAUCAACAAAACAUCUGUGGCGAUUCACCAAAGUAAUUCCACUGACGAUUACGAGCUGACACCUAGAGGAGUCGUCACCAUAAGAUUCCAAUCAGGAGAUGGACCGCAGUCAAACGCUUUAGCUAAUUUAAAUGAUUGCCCUUAUACUACGCCAUGCCGACAAGUCGUUAUUGAUGAUUUGUCCAAAAUUUACUCCUUUGAUGUUCAGGAAGCCAACAAUGUCGUAUACUUGGACGGUGAUACCGGUACUCUCGCUGGUAUCAAAUCAAUAAUAGCGAUACCAGAGUCUGAAUGGCACCCCGACUAUAUAACACCGCGGCCAUAUUGCUUGCGACGUGACGGCCGCUGUAGCCCUGCCAUCUUCUCUACUGUUGGCUUUAAAAAGGUUGAAAUAGAAACCGGCACAGGAGGAAACAGAGAACUUAGACCUCCAAUACAAGACAAUUCUACUGUAGUUGUAUACCUCGCAUCUCAGUUAGACUCCGUCAAGAUAGAUUCUAAGGUGCCAUCUCCUGGAGAUUACAUGUUUGUAGUACAUUAUUACCAACCGGAUCAUCCAGAAAGUACUGUUAUGAUAAAUCUCACCGCCAAUGGACAACAGUAUAAGGCAUCUAUUCCUGUAGAACACUGUCCCUCUAAUUCUGGAUGUAGGGCCCUUAUAAAACAGUCUAACGGAAACAAAAAGUUUAGCAUUACAGACAACUUCACAAUUGAAUUUAUGGGUGAUAAUGGCAAAGAAGUUUGGUUGGAUUACGUCCUCGUCAUUUCAAAGUCUGAUUUUCUAGACUCCGUGCUUAAAGAAGCGAACAUGAUUGAUUACACACGAGAGUUUAUCGAAAAAUGUGCUGUGAAUCAUUACUACAUCGCUUCUAACGAAACAGGAUUUUGCCGCGACGCCAUGUUUUCGAUAACGUCGGAAUACAAUAGUGGAGCUUUGAGUUGUCUCUGUGACUUCUUGGGAUCGACAGAACUGGAAUGCAACACAUUCGGUGGUCAAUGUCCUUGCAAGGACAAUGUAAUUGGAAGGACUUGUAAUGCUUGCAAAAAUGGCUAUUACGGAUUCCCCAAUUGCAGGCCAUGUCAUUGUCCUUCUACAGCCAUUUGUGACGACAAUGGAGAAUGUAUCUGCCCGAAGAACGUGGCAGGUGAAAAUUGUGAUCGCUGCAAACCUUACACAUUCAACUUUGAUGUACAACGCGGUUGCGACGACUGUAAUUGUAACCCUUUGGGUGUGAUCGACAAUCAGUUACAAUGUGAAGCCGACAGUGGGAACUGCGAAUGCAAAGAAAAUGUUAUAGGAAGAACUUGUGAUCACUGUGUACCAGGACAUUAUGCAUUCCCUGAUUGUGUACCUUGUACCUGUAAUAUAAAUGGCACUACAGACGACGUUUGCGAUCAAAACACUGCACAGUGUUUCUGUAAAAAAAAUGUCAGGGGUCAGGACUGUAGCGUCUGCAAAGAAGAAUACUUCAAUCUCCAAUCGGACAAUCCUAACGGAUGCUCAAAGUGCUACUGUUUUGGAAAAACAACAAGGUGCAGUAGCUCAUAUCUAUCGUGGGCUGAGAUAAAUGGCAUGAGCGAUUGGAGUCUAGUGAAUAUUGAGGCUAACAGUACAUUGAAUAUAUAUCCCUUGACUAUCAGUCCAAAUAUUUUAAAUGAUUCUGUUAUUGGCGCCGAUCUCGCAGGCAACGAAGAUGGUCUGCAAAAAGUUGUAUAUUUUGCCGCACCUGACUACUAUCUCGGUAAGCGUCUGUCGUCUUACGGAGGAUAUCUUACCUACUCGGUUUUAUAUACAACACGGGAGAAAGGAGGUGCUAUAGCAGCGGCUGACGUCAUCAUCGAGGGCUCCAACAACUUUAUUGUACAUUUCAGUAUAGAGCAACCUCCAGCUGUCGUUAACUGGGAACAUAGUGUCAGAAUUUCGGAAGACGAAUUCACUAACUUAGACGGAUCGCCAAUUACAAGAGACCAAUUUAUGAAUGUUAUAGUUAACAUCUCCAAUAUUUAUAUCAGGGCUACGUAUGGGCAUGAAGCUGUUACGACUAGAUUAAUGGGAGUCACUUUGGAUAUUGCAAUAGAUGAAGAAGACUACGUGGCACCCGAUAGAAGAGCUUAUUCAGUCGAAGAUUGUCAAUGUCCUAAAGCGUACAGAGGUCUUUCUUGUGAACAAUGUGCUGAAGGGCACUACAGAGUUAGUUCUGGACCACACGCAGGUCUUUGUGUGCCGUGUCAAUGUAAUGGACAUUCCAAAGGUUGUGAUGUUAAUACUGGGAUCUGUUUGGAUUGCACCGACAACACUGAGGGAGAUCACUGCGAAAAAUGCAUCUCGGGAUAUCACGGAGAUGCAACGGUGGGCACUCCUAGAGACUGCCUUAUUUGCGCAUGUCCCAUACCAAACUCCUCCAAUAAUUUCGCGUAUAGUUGUGAUUUAAGUAAUAAUGGAACACUAAUAUCGUGUAAAUGUAAACCUGGUUAUGGAGGGGUAAGGUGUGAGUUCUGCGCAGCUGGAUACUACGGCGUCCCGGAACAAAUUGGUGACUACUGCAAACCUUGCAACUGUUCCGGGAAUAUUAACACUGAAGAUCCCGGCUCUUGUGAUAGUAUCACAGGAAAUUGUCUAAAGUGCGUGAACAACACCGCCGGAGCUGCUUGCAAUUUAUGUGCUCCCGGUUUCUUCGGGGAUGCAAUCUUCUCCAAAAACUGCACAGCUUGUACCUGCAAUGAUUACGGCAUGGAGCGAUGCGAUGCGACCACCGGUACUUGCGUGUGCCGUCCGGGAGUCAUAGGUGCAAUGUGUGAUCAGUGCCUUCCUGACCAUUGGGGGUUGAUGACUGGAAGGGGGUGCACCCCUUGUGAUUGUGAUAUUGCUUCUGAAUCUUCACAAUGUGACGACGACGGAAAAUGCAGAUGCGCGAAAGGUGUGACUGGAACGCAUUGUGACCAAUGUGCAGCGGGCUACUGGAACUAUACAAAAGAAGGCUGCGACCGUUGUAACUGUAAUAAGGGCUAUUCGAUUGGAUUCAUUUGCAACGCCACUGGGCAAUGCGAGUGUCUGCCUGGUGUAAUUGGUGAAAAAUGUGAUCGCUGCCCGGACAGAUGGGUAUUUGAUCCUCAAAAAGGUUGUUCGAAAUGUAAUUCAUGCACAGAUGCUCUACUUUUCUCAAUUGAAGAAUUAAACUAUCUGUUGGGUAACGAAACCCUCGACUUUAAGGAUAAAGCGGAUUCUUUCUUUACCACUCAAAGACUAAACUACAUAUCAAAUCAAACUGAAAUGUUAAAGCCAAAAGUCACCGAACUGAGAAAUGUUGACAUAAGUGAAGUUACAUCAGCUGCAAAAUCUCUUGAAACCAAUGCUAAAAACCUUCUUCGAUCGGCGGAAUUCGCCGCAACGGACAGUGACAAACAAAUUUUAAGGGCUGCAGAUUUGAUCAAUACUGCCGAAAAUAUUCUAGCUUCCGUGAGAGAAAAUAGUGAAAAAGCAAAGGACAUUGUAUCCCAUGUAGCACAACUAGCAACUGGACUAGAAUUAAGCCAACAACCAAAAAUAGAUAGUGCAUUAGCUGAAGCUAGACAAAUUAAGAGUGAUAUUGCCGAAAAAAAUCUUAAACCAAAAGAGGGCCAAGCAUUAAAUGCUUACAAUAAUGCAUCCCAACAAGUAGAACGUAUGAAUAUCUUCGUGGAACCUGUGAAUAAACAAGUUAAAAAAUUCGAAUCUUUGAUUAAUGGUACUCGCAAUUUAAAAUCGAAAUUGCAAGAAAUGGUCGUAUAUUCUGAAUCAGCUGAAAAAAUUGCUGCAGAAGCAGAACUUCUAAAUGCAAAUAACAGGAAAUCCAAAUUUGAGAACAAAGUUUCAUCAGUGACAAGAUUAAACAGCGCAGCCAUGAAAGAUUUAAUUGAUUCUGCGUUUGACAUUAGCAACGCAACUGUGUUCACUGGUAAAACAAAAGAGAAAAGCAAUAACAUGAGCCUUGCUUUAGAAGAUAUCCAAAGUGUCAACACAAAUAUAAGCGUCUCUAUAGAAACACUGGAAAAUUCGUUGCCUGAAUUAACUAAUCUUACAAAUGAGGCUUUAAACCACGCUAGUAAUUUGGGCAGUAGAGCCGAAAAUUUGAGACUAUUAGCGGAGCGAGAAAACAACAAUUCACGUACCCAACAUGCCUAUAGUGCAGCUUCUGCGUAUUCUUCAAUUGUUCAAGAAAUCUCUGAUGCUAAGAAUGCCAGCGAUGAUGCUGAAGCUGCUGUUGCUGACAUUACUGAUGUUAACAACAGAUUAAUGGACAUCGUCGAGCCAGCGAGGGAACGUUCGGUUGCUAUUUCAAAAUCAGCAUUGAAUGCUCUUAGAACAGUGGAGGAAGAAUUAAAACCAAACCUCACGUUAGCCGAUCAGGCUCUGAAAAAUGCAUCUUCCACUUUCAUUUAUGCUGAUGACGAGAAUAAUGCUAUAUACUUAUCUCUUCCGGUUUCUCCGAAAGUAUCACUUGAAAGCGAAACACAAAAGGCUGAUGCAGUGGCCAAAAUCGUGAAAUCUACUGUAGAUACUAUGUCUAAUCUAUCAAGUGAACUGUCUAAAAGUAAAGAGCGGGCACAGACUUUACCAAAGUUGUCUGAUGAAGCACAAAAAAUGGUAUCUAAUGUAAAUAGUUCGAUUGAGAAUAUUCAAAACAUGGAUCCAAUUGUAAAGUCUAAAUUGGAUAGUGUUCAACUAAAACAGAAUGAUUUAGAAUUUCGUCGAAAAGAAGCUGAUGAAAAACUAAAAAAACUUAGGGAACUGAUUGAACAGGCACGAACAGUAGCAAACCGAAUACAGGUGGGAGUGAGCUUUGACCGGCAUUCAACUCUCCAACCUCGCUUACCUGACACUAUAGAUGAAAUGUCGACUUCAACACAUGUAUCGGCAUACUUCCGCACCAAGGAGAAAGAUGGGUUCAUUUUAUAUCUUGGAAAUCCCAAAGACACUAUGUUGAGACGAACUAAAUCUGACGACUUUAUGGUAAUAGGAGUACAAAAUGGCUAUCCUUACCUUGUUAUGGAUAUUGGUGAUAGUGCACAAUCUGGCCGAGACCCAGUCAAAAUAAGUGGUGAUAAAUUUGUAGCGGACAAUCAAUGGUACCAAGUUAUUGUUGAUAGAAUCGGUCGAAAUGUCAAGCUAUCAAUUCGUGAAAGUCUCGGCAACGGAACAGAAAAAAUAUACGACAAAGAUGCUGUUCUACCGGGACAACAUACCAUAUUCAACCUGGACCGGGAAAAAUCAAAACUGUUUGUGGGUGGAGUUCCUUCUGACGCGAAACUACAGAGCAUAAGCUUCCCAGCCUUUGAAGGUCAGAUAGAAGAACUAAUGAUCGGUGAUACGCCUGUUGGAUUGUGGAAUUCUGUUAGCGCUGCAAAUUUGAAAGGAGCUAGACAAAGGGAUAAACUGAUAACACCUCAGUCGGGUCCUCAAGAAUACAGAUUUAACGGACGUUCUCAUGUUACCAUGCCGGGCCGCCGGUACCUUGGACCACAAAAGAAUCAAGUGUUGCUAUUCUUCAGGACAUACGCUCCUGACGGUUUGAUCUAUGUAGUAGGAGAAAACAAACAUUUCCUUUCAUUACAAAUGCAAGACGGCCACGUCUACUUACAGGUAUCAUUUGGUGAUCCAAACAACAUGGUUAUCCUAGGUACACUUAAAACCUAUAAUGACGGCAAAUGGCAUAAACUUGACGCUGGAAGAUAUUCAACCUCUUGCUCACUCAGGGUUGAUGGCGAAAUUCUUAAAAAAGUGGUUUCUUCAGAUGAUAAGGAAAUUGUCGCACUGGAUACAAUGAACUUUGGUGGAAACAACAAGGGUAUCAUACAAGUUACAACUAAAGGAUUUGAUGGUUGUCUGAGACAAAUAAGCAUUGAGGGUAUAAACAUAGACUUGAGUGAAAAUGUAGAAUCUGUUGGAGUUGCUUAUAGUUGUCAGUUUGCAUCGCUAGUCUCCUUAUCUGGUGAAAACAGUUACCUAUGGUACAAAGACAUAACAACUGAAAACGUCCAGUUGACUCUUAAGUUCAAAACCUCAGAACCUGAUGGAUUACUUUUUAUUUACGUGAGCCGAACCCAGACUACGCCUAUGCCAGACAGUAUUUCUCUGUCUCUUAUAAAAGGUAAAUUAGUACUGAUGAGUCAACGCGAAGUGCUAGAUACAGGCCUAAACAGAUAUAAUGAUUCUCAAUGGCACGUUGUCGCUGUAACUCACAACAACAAAGCGUUACGACUUGUAGUGGAUGACUUCGAUUAUUUCAGUACGGAUUCACCGCCGGCUCCGUUGCACAUAUUGGAUGGCGUUCUCUUCAUCGGGGGAUUGAAGCCUAAUUACGUGGUCGGUGGCAAAGUUGGCUCCAAAACUGCGUUCAAGGGAUGUAUAGCAGACGCUAGUAUCAACGGUCGGGUUCUGAAUCUUCUGGAGCCAUUCAACAACAACAGUGUCACCUUCGGGAGAUGCGGCAAAACAACUACCACUGGAGGUGUCCCACCCGACCAAGCUUUGUGGCCAAUACAACCAGCUGUGGAUGUUCUACCGACACCUAUGAUUAUCCCAGAAACAGAAGAAACUGCACAAACAGAAUACCCAGUGAUAAAUCCCGAGAGACCUUUAACGGAGCCACCAACGGCAGCUCCGCCAAUUACAACAACUGUUGUUACAACAAGGCCACCGUUUAUAUCUACAACAACAAGAAGAAGUAUUCCUACUACGAGACGAACGCCACCACUUCCUGAAAGUGGAUGCGCAUUGGCGUAUGACCCUCAAUAUAAUAUCGGUGAUCCUGAGGAAGGCUACCGAUUCGGUACACGUAACGACAGUCGUAUAGAAUACGCAAAGUUACCUGGCCGGCAACUGGAUGGUUUCGAUCUCACGAUGACGUUCCGCACCUUCGAUGAACACGGAGGGUUAAUCUUCUACGCAGCUGCUGAGAGAGCGCCGGAUCAAUUCCUAGCUCUUUAUAUGAAAGAUGCAAAACUCCACUUCUCGUUCAACUGCGGUGGCGAGACCGGUGAAGUUGUGUCGACUAACACGUACAAUGACACUGAGUGGCACACGGUGACACUGGUGCGGUACGGUGGUCACGGCAAGCUUACCGUCAAUGAAUGGAUCGGCAAUGCCAGCGUGACGUGCAACGAGCCUGUAGGCCUCAACGCACCUUACUACUACGGGGGCCUGAGAAAUGUUUCUAAUAGUAUAGGCCGUAAUCUCAAGAACUUUUACCAGCCUUUUAAGGGUUGCCUCAAGGGUCUUAUGAUGAAUGCGCAUUACGUCACCGAUAUUCUUGUCAGAAGUAAUUCCCUUCGUUGUACAGAUAACGUGGAAGAUGGUGUUUAUUUCGGACCAUCAACCACUGGCCAUAGUAAUUAUUUGAAACUUCUAGAGAACUUUAGAAUCGGUUUCGAAAUCUCAAUAUCCAUGGAAGUGAAACCUCGCAAUUCCACUGGACUUUUAUUGAGUGUACAUGGAAGGAAAGACUAUAUGGUCUUGGAGCUCUUGGAAAACGAAGUUGUGGCCAAUGUAGAGAAUGGAAAAGGGCCUUUUAGUGCCAGCUACAAAUUAGGGAACAAAUUUUCACUGUGCGAUGGCAAAUGGCAUAAAAUACACGCCGUGAAAUCUCACCACGUCGUGUCAGUUGGUGUAGACGGACACUUCUCCGACGCCGGGCUUGGUGUCACCGGGUCGACGGAUACGCGAUCAGCAAUUUACAUAGGCGGUCACGAGCGUCCGAUCAACAGAGUCCGCGGAGUACGCUCCAAGCGCGGCUUCACUGGAUGUAUCAGAAACAUCACCAUAAAAGACACUCCUGUACAAAUACCGCUGAACGCGGCCGGCAGAAAUAUUAACAUUGGCGUUUGCCCUAGGGAUUAAAUCAUAGAACUCUUAAUAACAAGGCGAUAUACUCUAAGAGCGCGUGAUCCUAAGACCUUCGUCAUUUUAUAAAAGCUCAAAGUUUGUCAGCUCGUGCUCCUACCAUAAGUAAGAACGGUAGUCAACUAUGGAGUUUGGACGUGAUACCUUUGGGCUUUAGAAGGUAGUAGGUUUAAAGUAUCCAGUCCCUCAAACGUUUAUGUUAAUAUGAGAUAUUAUAUCCCCAUUCGGCAGACUAUGGCUUCAUGGUAACCCUUCGCUAGAAACCCUUAAAGUUUUAUCUUAAAUAGUGUUUUUCGAAGGGUUGUCGCGAAGUCACUAACGACUAUUUUGCCAAGGGAAAUAUAAAACAAAAGGGAAUAUAAAGUGUACUUUAUACUCAGACGACAGGGUCUGGAUCCUUUAAACCUCUUACCUCUCAAAAACUCCAUUAUUAGCUACCGUACUUACCGAUGGUAGGAGCAUGAGCUGACAAAUAUCAAGCUUUUAUGAAAUGACGAAAGUCUGGCUCUCCGUCUGAAAGAAAUAGAAUUGGCCUCCACUAUCUAUGCUCUAUUUUGUAACCGCGUAACUGACUUAUGUUCCAGAAUUUUGCUUGGUUCAUGCAGCACAAUACUGAGCUGGCACCUUUUUCAAAGGUUGUGCCAAACAUUGAUGCUUCUACUAGAGUUUUGGUAUUGGAGUGCCCAGGAGGCAUCAGACACCAGAUUAGUGCAACUCAGUUUUAAAACAAACGUUUUACAUUUCUUUCUUUACACUCCAUUUGAAUUUGAGACACGUUUUUAGCUUUUUAACCGACUGAUAUAUUUUUUAGGUAAAUAUUGCGUUUUACAUUCAAUAACAUCAGUCAGUCAAUUAUUAUUUAUAUCGGUGUACGAUGCAAAACAUGAGGCAGUACAUUUUUUUUCAUCGUAUUUUCGUUUUAGCGAUCAUUUAUCAUUGAUAAUCUUUUUUCAACGAAAUGACAUAAUUAUCGUCAUUUUACGUAAAGUGAGUAUGCACUGAUGAUGCAUGAUGUACUUAAUUGUUGUCCAGGUAACUUCUUUAUAAUCAGGUUAGAAGAUCGCAAAAAUUAAAAUACGAUGUAAAUGUGGUGUGGUCAAACUUUAAAGCUGGCCCUAUAAUUAUUUACAGGCUGGACAGUGCCAUUAUAUUCAUUAUAAUUAUUAUAUCUAAUAAUAUCUAAUAUUGAGUAUUGUUUUAUCUACACUUAACUCUGCAUUUGGCUUAGGAUUUCUAUAAAGUAAACAAUAUGAAACAGACCUACGGCCAUUUCAUAUUGACCACAAAACUAUAAAAUUCUUCCCAAAUUACCAGUAUUUACAGAACGAACGAAUCAUUUAUUUUAAUCGUAAUAAACAAACCUUGUACAUAUGUUUUCUUGACCACUGACCAAACUAGAUUUACUUUUAUGUAUUUUAUUUAUUUUCUGUGGGAGUAAAAAGUUACUGUUAAAAAGUCAAUGCUGAGGCGAGAUAUCAAGUUUUUAGGAACGUCAAUAGAAAUUCACUUAUACAGCAGGCUUAUUCACUAUCUUUGACGUAUGCUAUUGAGAUUCUAUGUAAAAAUGUCAUCCGGUGCUUAUUGGUGGAGUCACUGGCCUAUUCCCUAUUUUAUUAUCAACCUGUUAAAAUAAACAUCAAAACAAUCGAUAAAACGUAAUUUACUGAGUGAUAUCCACCAGUACCGGAUGACAUUUUUAAGAAUCUCAAUUUCAAGAUUCUCAGUUUCAAGUCAACUAGCAUACGUCGAACAUAGGGAAUUAGCCUGCAGCAGGCAGGUCCGAAUAACAAGCAAUAGGUUCUGUUAUAAAUUUUCUCGUUUUGUGUUUUGUAUUAAAUAAAAAGCUUAAGCUAUUAUAUUAGUCUAUUGAAAUAUCAAAUUCUUUGGCUGAACCUCGAAAAAUUCUAAGGCAUUUUUUUUGUUUCAUCGUGGAGAUAAUGCCAGCUCAGAUUCAACUUUUCGGGAUCCAAACACUUACACAUAAGUCACUAUGUAGAAAAAGGGAGUGGAAAUCGUUUUUUCGCUUUAGUGGCUAAAACAGCAAUUACCUAGAACCGUGCCAAAAAUCAAAAUUAUUCGGGUAAAAUCUUCAGCAACCUUACAUUUCUAUUCAUUUGUUGCGCUAUUUGUUCGAGACAUGCCUAUAUUAAGACAAUUGAGCGAAGAAACUAUUUCGACCAAUGUUAUUAGAAGAAAAAAGACGUAGAUAUGUCACAUAAACCACAUUCGAUAUUUACAACUGGCACACGGUAGUUAUUUCAGCGACGUUGUCGACGGCGCGAUGACAGUGCGGCAACUGAGCUCAGAUUGGCUAAUUAGCAUAGUUUUAACGUGACACUUGCUGUCCACGUAUAACCAAUCUACUUUUUUUUUCUUCUAACAUCAUUGAUUUCCACCUCUUUUUCAAUAUGGCGGCUGAUGUUUAGGAGUUAGGAUUUUAAAAACUAUGAUUGAAUGUUGUUAAUUAUUGCCUCCAUGAUGAAUCAAUCAAAACUAUACCUUAUAAUUUUCCGAGUUUCAUUGUAACUUUUUAGUAUACCUACUCUAAUAUUAUUCUCUACUGAAAUUAAAUAUUAGAAUCUUAAGUUUAUCACUGUGUAACUUUCCUUACUUGCAGUUUGUGAAACAACUUUUAAUUAAAAAAAUACUUUAACUUUUCA